CCAAGAUGGAACAUGCCCUGUUGAAAGACCUAUGUCCCAUUCCGCGUUUCCCCUGCCAUAACCAUGUCGACCGACUUCACAUCAGGACCUAAGAAGCGCAUAGUGAUCACCGGCGGCUCAGGCGUGGUGGGCCGCUACGUUAUCCAGAAGCUGCUGAGCUACGGCCAUGAGAUACUCAAUGUCGACCAGACACCACUAGACAAUCCGAAUGUACACACGCUGAAGGCGGAUCUUACGGAUGGUGCGCAGGCGUUUAAUGCACUGAGCUGUCAUUUUCAGAUCAGUGAGCCAUUUUUGGAGGAGAUGCGGACGCCGGAUGUGGUGAUACAUCUUGCUGGCAUUCCCCAACCCAACCGCAUCCCCGACAACGAAACUUUCCGCAUCAACACCCUCUCCUCCUACGCCAUAAUAGAAGCAGCCUGCAAACUCGGUAUCAAGAAGAUCAUCCUUGCCUCCAGCAUCACCGUCUAUGGCGUCACCUAUGCCGAGACCAACAUCUCGUUCCCGCAUUUCCCCAUCACAGAAUCCACACCAACAGAGCCCAUGGACGUUUACGCCACCUCCAAAGUCUGCAUGGAGCGCGUCGCCGCCUCCUUCGAGAAGCGGUUCCGAGCAAUGGGAAAACCGGUAGAUAUCUACUGUCUGCGGAUCGGCGCCGUAGUGACGCCCGACAGGCAUCAGGAGGUCAUGACGAGUUACCUCGAGCGGCCGCGGGAGUGGAAAGUGCACGGGUGGUCGUAUAUCGACGCACGAGAUCUGGGAAACGUCAUUAACCGGUGCAUUGAGACGGAUGGGUUGGGGUUCGAGGUGUUCAAUGUGGUGAACGAUGAGAAUACGCUGCCGGAUGGGAAGGCGCAGACGAUUGACUGGUUGAGAAGUUUUUGCCCUGAGACCGAGAUUUUAGACGAGCAGGCGCUGAGGGGGCAGAUGGCGCCGAUAAGUAAUGAGAAGGCGAAGAGGUUGUUGGGGUUUAGAGAGGAGUAUCCGUGGAGAGAGGAGAGGAGGAAGUGGGUGGCAAGGGAGAUCAGGGAGGAGAGGUGA